AUGGACCUGUUGUUAUUGUUUUGUUAUUGCGCGUCCCUGUGGGAUUUUGUCGUGGCGUUGCAGAUUUUGCCAGGCUUUUCUUUUUUUGCUGUUUGCUGGAUGCUCAUUUUUUGUGUUGCAUUUUUUUUUUUUUUGGCGUGCCGCUGGGGAUUUCCCCGCAGGCUUGCAGGGUCGUGUGCGGCGACAGGGACGGGCUGCGGUGGCGGCGGGGAGGAGAGAGUGGGCGGGGCCGUGGAAGAAACGUGCGCCGCCGGUGCGAUGUCUCUUCGAGACGACAUUGAGGCCCUGACGGCGGCCCUCCAUCGUUUCUCCCGAUUGCAGGACUGCGGCAGCAGCAGCGAUGCAAGAGGAAAGGACGUGGGACGACACCCGGACCGCGACGGCGCACUUGCGCCGCAAUUAUCGGAUGUUGAUAUCUCUGCCAUCUCUGUGACCGCGGAGGGUGAUGAACACGAUGAUGACAUCUUAUCUGCAGUGACGCAACAGGCACCCACGGUGCUGCUUCGAAGCCGGAAGUCUUUUGACGACAAUUCUGCAGUGCCUCCAAGCAGCAACACGACGGCAUUGCCCUGCGGCGAUGGGUCGGGUUCAAAUAGACAGCGCGGCAGAGGGACGGGGUUUGCGCGUGUCCUCGUGCCACAGGAAAAGGGGAUGUUGAAGGACUCUUGCACGGUAGUGUGGGAAUCGAACGGUACUUGCCCUGAGAGUUUGUCGGUGGCGGCUGAGGAAUCCGCCCAGCGAUCUAGCAUUUUAUUGAACGCCACAGCCACCUCUGGGAACAGCACCGCGUGUCAAUAUGAGCCAAAACAUAGUCUGCGCCAGAUGGAGGAGGCGUACAAGCUCAUUUUGAGGAAGCUACUGGCAGAGAUAAGGCGACUGGAUGCCCAUACUGCGGUUCUAUCCGCACGGUGUGAGGGUGAACGAGAAAACUUGAAGCAUGUGCAGCGUAAACACGAAAAAGAGCUUAUGGACAGUAACGCUUUAAUCGGUGCACUAAGGCAGCAACUUGUAGGCAUGUGCUCAGGUUGCGGGGGCGCAUUGGCCGGUGGCGCGCGCGUCAGCAGCGGCAGUGAAUGGACGCUGGGAAAUUACGGUACCCGGUACAGCCCAACUGUUUUGAACAGGUGGUCUACAAAAGAGAGUCGAAGUGGAAGUGGCGCUGGAACCACGAGUGGUUUGUACCCGCACGAUCGGCCUGUCGUUUCCAGUGAGUUAUGUGGGAUGAGCUCCUCUUUCACGGCGGAAACAUUCUCUGGGCAACUGCCGCAACGAACAUCUGAGGAAAUUGAUAGAGGAGGGAGUGGCGCUAGUCCAAUGCGUCAGAGGGUCAGUGGCAAUGAUGUCACCUCGACGCGCCCACAUUCUCUUACGGGGUUUCUGCAGCAGAGACUUUCUUCCUCGGGGACCGCCCGAGUUUCGGAGGAGGUAGCGACACAGACAAGCAACCCCACGAUGCCCGCAACAACAGCGACAGACUCUGGGCGAUUGGUUGGCAUCUUGGAGGAAAUGUCUGGAAGGAUUUCGGCGUCUCCAUUGGGGGACGUUGGCAGGAGCAACAGAGGUGAUGCUGAUCACCCGGUGCGAUGCACCACAUCGGAACCCACAGUGUGUUUCUCCCACGAGAAAGACGGGAAGCGGGGUUUGCGUGUAUUUACAGAGGCCAACCGGCGCGAAAAGCGACGAAAUAGAAGGGGGAGGAGAUCGCCCGCAACUCAUGCAUCCCCAAGAAAUCGUAGUCGCGUUUGGUGCUCGGACGAGGGUUUUCGUCAGCCGCCACGCGGUUGUAGUUUGUGUUGCCGUGAACACCGUGGCGCUGCAGCUCGUGCUGUGACUGCUGCAGGAAACUGCGGAAUGAGCACUGCGGCUGGUGCGAUGGUUGAUUGCGGCACAAAAGGGACGCGCUCUGCGAGUCGACUCUGCCCCCCAGUUCUCGCAAAGACACGACGAAAUAAUCGGAAGGAAAAAAAACACGAAAUCCGUGAGAUGCUGCGCGGGAUAAUAGAUAAGAACACAGCGCUGGAGGGCCGUUUACAGAUAUUUCAGGAAAGGCUGGACGAACAAGAGAUGGGACUGCGAGACGUGAUUGCUUUGCUCCGUGAUUUCAUGUUGACUCCCGCGGUGGAAUCGCGGAAGUGUUGCCAGACCGGAGGUCCCCAUUAG